AAGACAGACAAAGAGAAGGAGCCUGCAGAAAGAGGAAUUAAUCAAAAUGGAGACCAGCAAGAGAAACUACAGGUGUCCAGCAGCAGGCGCGAAGAAGAUGAUGGCAAUGGGAUUGGUGGCAGCACUACUCUCACUGGCCGCCGUCGAGGCUGGUCAAGAAGGCGGAGGAAUAAGGCCGAGAUGUUGCACAGGAUGUUACAGAGGAUGUUUCUCCGACUGCAUGACGAGGCAGGGCGACAACCUCAAUACGAUCGACCCUUUCAUUUGCUCUGCGGAAUGCUUCGUCCACUGCAUCUUUAACUUGUACACGCCUCCUCUCAGCGCCCAAACCUUUUGCACCGCCGGCUGCGCCGUCUCUAAAUGCUCCAAGUUCAGCUCCAACGGUCACCCCAAUACAGGCAAGGUUGAGAGCUGCGUGGAUUCUUGCUCUCGCGGCUGCUCUAAAAACCAUGAUCAGUAUGCCUAAUUCAUUCAUCACCAAAUGCAGAAUGGAAAACGGAUCGAUAUUGUUGGAGGGUUCUUAGUUUAUUACUUCAUUUAGCUGUAAGAAGAAUAAAAGUUGGUUUAAUUUGGGGGGUGUUUAGUGUUUGUAACAAAGAAACAUAACACUAUUGCAGAUAGAGCAACUACACAUAUCAUGAAGGUAUUUCAUGAAAUGGACGUCUUAAUCAUGUAGGUCAUGAAUCCAUGAAAAGUUGAAGCAAUAAGGGAAACAGAAUGCAAAUACUCCAUACACUCUAAUCGUGACUACUGCUGUUCCGGAAGCAAGUAAAAUGAAGACAUAAAUGACAU